AUGAACGACCGUGCUCGAUCUAGCGUGCCGCCAGCCGGUGUCUGGGCGCCUGCCGUCACAUUCUUCGACCACGACAAAGAUGAGCUGGACGUAGCUUCACAAACAAAAUACUACAAGUACCUCAGCCAACACCUCACCGGCCUCGUUAUCCUGGGCACCAACGCGGAGACUUUCAUGCUUACACGAGACGAGCGUGCUCGUCUGCUCAAGACAGCUCGAGAGGCAGUCGGGCCAGAUUAUCCCAUCAUGGCCGGCGUUGGCGGUCACUCGACGAAACAAGUCCUGGAGUUUAUUGGCGAUGCUGCGGCAGCCAAAGCAGACUACGCACUGGUCCUUCCGUGUGCAUACUUUGGCAAGCAGACGACGCCCAAUGUCAUCAAGCGCUUCUAUGAAGAAGUCGCAGAGAAGAGCCCGCUGCCCAUCGUGAUCUACAACUUCCCGGGUGUCUGCAACGGCAUCGACAUUGAAUCGGACGUCAUGACGGACCUGGCGAAGAGAUACCCAGGAAAGAUUGUGGGAACCAAGUUAACCUGCGCCUCUGUUGGAAAGAUUACGAGACUGGCGUCCAUCUUCGACGCAACCGAAUUCGCCACUUUCGGAGGCCAGUCAGACUUCCUCAUCGGUGGCCUUGCCGUGGGCUCUGCCGGCACGAUCGCCGGUUUCGCCAACGUCUUCCCCAAGACCAUCCGACACAUCUAUGAGCUCUACAAGCAGGGCAAGCACGAUGAAGCUAUGAAGUUGCACCGCAUUGCCGCACGGGCGGAGACCUUCAGCAAAGCCGGCAUUGCCAAUACCAAGUUCGCAGCCGGCAUCACCAGCGCCAAGAGUGCCGGUAUCGAGAAUGCGGGCGCGAAACUGCUGCCUCGGAGACCUUAUGAGCCUCCGACCGACGCGGUGCAGAAGAGUAUCCUGGCCCAGAUGGAGGAGAUGAUCAAGAUUGAGGAUUCGUUAUAG